AUGAAAUAUCUCAUAUUUUAUUUAUUUAUUUUAAUAUCAUCACAACCAGCAUGGUGGACAAAUAGAGUUAAAACAGGUAAUUUAAUAUCAUCUAAUGUCGAACCAGCAGCUUAUUUGAUGACCAGUGUUGGUAAUGGUUAUGCAGCUUAUGUCAUUGGUACCAACUCAAUUUAUAUAGGUGGGGUUUUUAAUGGUCCUGCAUUCGCAGUUUCAAAUCCAUCACACAGGGCAUCAAUUCCAAAUUUUCAAAAUAUUGUUUUAAAUGGUUCAAGAUUAGUGUAUGCUGGUUUAGAUAUUCAAAAUGGAACUUACACAAGAGAAUAUUCAUUCAAGUCAAAUGCAAAUACAACUGCAACUCAAACUUUUUAUGCACACCAAACCAUUAGAAAUCUAUUAGUUCAAGAAAUUACUGUUGAUAAUAGUGCUUCAAAUAAAUCUUUUACUUUAACACUCCAUCUAAAUUCCACUUUAAGUACACCAGAUUUUAAAAUUCAAAACACAACUACACACAGCUCUAGUUUUCAAACUUAUGUUGCUACAAUUCUAACACCAGAGUUACCAAAUGGUUUUAUGACAUCAGUAGCAAUUGCCACAUCUGGUGUACCAUCGCAAACUAUCGUUCCAGCCAAUACAGUUAAAACUUUUUAUUUCAUCACUUCAUUAUACACAAAUAUCGAGUCUAGUGAUUAUGUAGAUUUAUGCAGUCAAAUGUAUGUAAAGGGUGUAGGCUCUCAAGAGGAUUUAUUAGAUAUUCAUAAAGAUUCAUGGGCUCAAGUUUGGGAUUCAGGUAUCGAGAUUGGUGGCAAUUUACCUCUUGCUCAAAUAGUCAAUACUUCACUUUACUAUAUUUUAUCAUCGGUUAGAGCUGACUGGCCAUUCGGUUUAUCUCCAGGUAGUUUGUCAUCAAAUGGUUAUCAUGGUCACGGAUUUUGGGAUACCGAAACUUGGAUGUAUCCAAAUCUAAUUGUUUUACAACCAGAAAUUGCAAAAGGUGCUAUCUUACAAUACAGAGUAAAUAAUAUGAAAGAAGCUCAUCUCAAGGCCUUAACUUAUAGACUUGUAUAUCCAAAUGUAACCGGUUUAAUGUAUCCAUGGGAGUCAGCAUUUACUGGUGCUGAAGCAUGUCCAUUGGAUGCUCCUACUGGUGUUCUUGAAGAGCAUAUCACUGCUGAUAUUUCUCUUGCUUUUAGACAAUAUUUCUAUGCAACUGGUGAUGUAGAAUGGUUAUCCCAAACUGGUUAUCAAACAGUCAAAGGAAUAGCAGAGUUUUGGGCUAGUAGAGUAGUUGCAAAUCCAAAUGGUACUUUUUCAAUUAAUACAAUCAUUCCACCUGAUGAAUAUGCAGUUGGCGUAGAUGAUUCAGUUUAUACCAAUGUUGUAGUAAGCAUGGCAUUAAAAUGGGCUAUCGAAGCUGCAUCUAUUGUUGGCGAUACAAGUGCUCCAGUUGAAGAAUGGCAAAACAUUGCUGAUAACAUGGUUGUUCUUUUUGACGAAGAAUUACAAUGGCAUCCAGAAUAUGACGGUUACAGUGGUGAAACUAUUAAACAAGCCGAUGUCGUUCUUUUAGGUUAUCCAUUAAUGUAUAAUAUGUCUCAACAAGUACGUACAAACGAUUUAAUAUAUUAUCAAUCAAAAACUACAUCAAAAGGCCCAGCUAUGACCUAUUCUAUGCAUACUGUUGGUUGGUUGGAGCUUGGUGAUUUAGUAAAUGCUCAAAAAGAAUGGGCAAAAGCAUAUGCAAAUGCUCAAAAACCAUUUUUAGUUUGGACCGAAACUCCAACUGGUGGUACAACUAAUUUUAUUACAGGUGCAGGAGGUUUCCUUCAAGGUGUUAUUAAUGGUUUUGGAGGUCUUAGAAUCCAUCCAAAUUAUCUUACAUUCUAUCCUCAAUUACCAUAUGGAGUUACAUCACUUAAAAUUAGAUCACUAAAUUACUAUAGCUCAACUUUUGAUAUUGCUUGGAACUCAACUUUAAUUUCAGUAAAUAUGGUAUCUAAUAAUGGUCAAUUCAGUUUUACAUUAUUUUCAGAUGGUGUAUUCGAUAAUGUUUCUUUAACAACCUCACCAAUUAAUUUACCAAUAGGAAGUAAAUUCCAAAUCAACGCUAUAAAUAAUUAAAAUAAUAAAAUAAAUAUCUUUAAAAAAUAUAAAAUAAAAUAAUAAAAAAAACUAUUUUUAAAAAUUUU